AUGAUUGAACUAACUUUCUUUGGACCAGACUCUCAAAAUCCAAUUUUUUAUGAUAGAAUUGCAAAUUUAGAAAAUUUUUGGGAAUCUGAAAAACCACGUGAAAUUGAUGAUAUUGAAAAUUUUAAUACUUUACCAACUUCUCUUAAUCUUCAAAAUAUUGAAGGGGAUACAUUUGAAAAAUGGAUAAAGGCAGAAAAUUUUUAUGAAAAUGAAUUACUUCCAAUAAGAUCAAAAAUCAUUGACGAAUCAGAUCUAGAUGAUCCAUAUAGAAUUGUGAUUUUUGAUGAUAUUUGUAGUUUUUUAUUUGAUUUGACUUCAACCGAGUCACAUUUAGAGCUGUUAUAUGCAUGUCUUGAUUUUGUUGGAACAUCUUUUAAUCCUUCUUAUUCAUCAUCAAAUCCUUUGAUAAUUGAUUCAUUUUUGAAUUCUAAACUUGCAAAUGAAUUAAUAUCAGAAAAUACAAUGAUGUAUACUUUUAAGUUUCCCAUCAAGGCAUUCCCACAAGAAUCAAACAAUUUGUUUAAAUCAGAAAAUUGGCCUUCAAUUUGUGAUAAUAUUGAAAGUUAUAAUAUAAAUAUGAAUUUUGCAAGAAAUGCCAUCUCCCAAAUAUCACAACGUAUAAAUGAUCCAGGAAUUAAAUUAUGUCAAUUAGCAUUAGAGCAAUUAUAUGAUGUUUCAAGUGCAAAAAAUCUUGCAAGAAAUAUGUUGGAAAAAGAAUCAACAAACUUGUCAUUUUGGAAUGGAUAUGCAUUACUUGAAAAAUCUAUGAAUAAUAUAACAGAUGCACGAAGAAUUUAUCUUGCAACACUUUCACAAUAUCAAAAAUUUCCUGAAGAAUACAAACAAGAUGUACCACUAAUUUAUCGAAUGUUUGCAGAAAUGGAAAUUGAACAACAUCAUUUGAAAACUGCUCUAAAGACUCAAAUAGUGACGACAGAUUCAAUAUCAGAAAUGGAUUAUUUUUCUCAACAGUUGGCAAGUCUUACAUCAUCAUCAGCUUCAAAAAUAGAUUUGUAUAAUUUCUUAAAUUAUUCUAUAUGUUUAGCAUUUUUGGAAUAUACAAGUAGAGGGUUACAACGUGCUUGUAAAAUAUUUGACGAAUCAUUAGAAAAUAUAGAGGUUAGAAAGGCACUUGAAUGUCCAAAUAAAGCCAAGAUUUUGUAUUAUAAUGCAAUAAGAGAAUGUCCAUGGUCAAAAGUAAAAUUGUUAGAUUUGUAUAUGAUAGCAUUUCGAAAACUACGUUCUCAAUUUUCAACUGAGGAAUUAGAUGAAGUGAUGAAUGUAAUGUUAGAAAAAGAGAUCCGUUUAAGAGUUUCAAUGGAAAAAUUUACUGAAGAAAAGGAACAAGAAGAAACAAUGACUGAUAUAGUCCAAUGA